AUUCUCCUCCUAGUAAAAAAAGGGGAAGUCACUCCCUCUAAAUCUAUUUUUAGAGUUCUGACCAAUAACAAAAGAGUGUGUGACAGGCGCUAGUUGCAUGUUUAUAACACACACACACACACUCGGAAGUUUGUCGGUGUUUUGUUUUAGAGGAAACGAAACAGAACGAACGUUUGGAAGCAUAAAAUUAGUGAUCAACUCCAAAAUGAAUAGGAUUUGUUGUUUAAAUCAGGAUUUAAUAAAAUUUUUCCAAAAAAUAUGCAAAUAACCCAAUUAUUUAAAGAGAGUAUUCCAAUGCUUAUUUUAAAUAAAGUAUCCUGGAUAUGAAAUUUCGAAAGAUCGUGCAAUGUGAUGUUUUCAGAGCUGAUUUUUGUUAUAUUAGCAAUUUUCGUGCUUUUAUUGAUAGAUAAUUUCAGUACCAUAUUUGCUCUGAUAACGUGUAUACUGGUAGUGUACAGCUAUGUUUAUAAUUUUCCUUAUAUAUUAAAUAAACGAGUUGUUGUUCUUGUAAUCACAAAAAUAUGGGGUGUUCUGCUCUAUUGUUUUCGUUUUGGAAAACAAGUAGUUUGUUUAUUCCAAAAGCAUAUUUUAUUUGUUAAAACCAAUGAUCCACCGCCUUCUCAUUCCAGUAUUCAGUUCUGUGGCGAUGUGGCACGUUUAGAAAGUGAAAUAAAUGUUUUAGUUUUGAAUAUAUCUCGUCAUUAUAUUCGUUCCUGGUAUGAGAAAAUAAGUCCUAAUGAAGAGUUUUCGAUUUACCUGAAUUCAAGUAUCAAUCAAACUCUUAUUAAUUUGUGUCAAAGUAUAUCAAAAUUUGAUAAAAAGAAAUUUUCUUAUAUUAUCUUACAAGUUUAUCUAAACUUUUUCUCUCACUUUGUGGAUGCCAAGAAGAAAUCUGACAUUUUUAAAAAGGAAAAUUUUGAGAUGAAACACUGGGCAAUAAAAGAUAAUUUGACAGAAUGGUGCUAUUUACAGAGUUUGGUUAGUACUUUGUUAGAUUCCUUCUGCCCGUCUGAGUCUGACAGAUCGUUGCACAGCAAACAUAGUCCUCUGUUGCAUACUUUGGUCGUGGAAAUACUAACUGAGAAUAUUAUACACCCUCUUGUAAAUGUAUUGUGUGAUCCUAAGUUUCUUAACAAGAUAAUACUCAGAGUUUUGUUAAAUUAUAUGCAAACAAAUGAAGAAAAAGAUAUUUCUACUGGUGUCUCUCAACAAAGUGUUAAUAAAUCUGUCGCUGAAGAGUCUUCUGUUGGCCAACCUGUUAUCCUGUUGCCAAAUGAGGAGUUAUCAGAUGACCAGGUAUUUCAAAAUUGUACAGAAAUCCAAACUCCAAAUAGACUUUUAGUUCCUGGCAAAUCCUGUCAAAUAAAGGAAGACAGUCCUGAAUUUUCAAUUAAAACACCUAGUUUUGAAGAAACAGCAGAUUUCCCUUGUUUUGUAUCAUCUGGCAUCAAAUCAUGUAGCAAUAUAAAUCUUUCUAAUCAUAACUUCACUGACUCGCAAACUCCAGAAUAUGAUUCCCAUAUUUCUGUUUAUGAAACUACCAUUAAAAGAUCGAGAAGUGCAGAUUUCAUUCGACAGAUGCCUCAACUGAAAGCUUUAAAUGAAAAGGAUUAUAAUAUUGUCUUGCAUAGUGAAAGCAAUAAAAUGCUUGUUGCUGUUAAGUCUGAAUUAAAUUCCAAUACUUCCAUUGAACAAGCUGAAGAAGCCAUUGAAGUUGAAGUACCGACUUUAUUUACUGAUGUACAAAUCGUAGAUACUUUCCAAGAAAAUGAGGCAGGUCUCCUUCCAUAUACUCUGUACUGCAUUCAGUAUACUGGAAUCUUCCACGAUACUGGAAAAUCUUCAGAUAUUCCCCAUUUUGUGAAGCAAGUUGUUAGUAUUAAGCGGCGUUUUCGAGAGUUUGUUGCUCUUCAGUCUAAAUUGGAAGAUAAUCCAUCUCUAAAAGUUCAUUUAAAAGGCAUUAAAGGACCAAGCAAAUGGUUGGUAUUGCCAUUUUCAAAUCUGGAUAAGAGAAACAUAGCUGAAAGAAGAAUAUUUUUAGAAAAUUAUUUGAGAGAACUUUGUAGUUCACCUGCAAUAUCUCAAAGCUCAGAACUUCAAGAAUUCUUAGCAUAUGGAGGAGGAGAUAGAAUGACAUUUGUAAGAAAAGCUACUGAUGCUAGUGUACCAAGACUUGACAAAAUGCUUGUACGGGGUGUUAAAGGAGCAUUCGAUAUAUUUAGAACUGCAUUGCCAAAUUCUCCUCUAGACGAAGAAAAUACUCAUAGAUUGUCAUUUGAAGAUCCUGUUCCAGAUCAAAGAUUUCAAGAACAUUUAUUGGAUUAUUCUAGUCGUGAACCUGAAAUAAAAGAGCACGUGAGAAACUUCAUGGAAAAUUCUUCUUUUAGACGUUUUUCGGGUGAUUUAAGUUUCUCUGAAAGUAGUUCCAAAAAAAGUUCAUUAUUGAGGAAUACUAAUUUCAAGAUAACGGAGAGUUGCCAUUGUUCUAUUUUAAAUGCAAAUAAUUUUCUCGAAGAAGAAAAUCCAUUUGGAAAUACUGUAAUUGAACUUCUUGCAAUUGCUCUUCAAUUAGAUGAGACAAACUUAGGUUACAUGUUUUCUGUUUUUAAAAUACUCUGUGCUCCUUGCAUUAACAGGUUUUUUGUUGAUAAACUUGAUAACAUAUCCGACGACCAUCUUACUAUUGUACUACAUAUGCUACAUAAAUUUUUGUGGCCUGAGGAUGAAGGUUUAAAAGGACAAAGUGUUAACCUCAAAAGUGAAUUGGCUUUAAAUAAGAUCAUGGAAUGUUUUAAAGCUCUUUUGGAUGAAAAGGGUGUCAUGUUAUCGAAAAUGUUUAGCCUAAAAGAUACUUUCCUAGAGAAAAUUAAUUUAUUUUUAUCUUCAAUUCAGUGUGAAGAAGCAAAUAGGUGUUUAUUGUUCCAUAUGUUUGAUGUGGUUAUUGAAACUUUGUGCUCAGAUGAAAUAUAGAUGUUGUGCCUGUAAAAUUGUCGUGUAUUAUAUUAUAUACAAGCUUCUAUGAUAUAUUUAUGAACUGUGGAAUGAAUGUAUUGAUUCCAUAAGUUUGCCUGUGAGAUAUUUUUCUAAAAUUGCUUUGUACAUUCCAUUGGCUGUUAAAUAUAAUUUCUUUUAAUAUUGUAAGAUUUUAAAUGUAUUUUAUACAUUCCUGUUUAUUUUAAUUGUUAAUUUAAAAAUAAAUAGUUCAUGCCAGUUUAUUUUUAAAGUUGGUAAUAAUAAAAUAUUUUGCAAAAAUUGUUUGCAGAAAUUCAUUGCAAUUAUUUAGUGUGUGUGUAGAAUAAGACUUAACGAAUGCUUAAAUCGGUACAUAAGAAAAUUGAUUUCAAGGAUCUUGAUUUUUUGAAAAUGUAUAUUGUAUCUAGUUAAAAUUCUUUAAUGAGGAUACUUUUCAUAAACUUUAAAAAAAUUCUGAUUUGUUAGUUUACCAUUAAUGGCGAAGUUGUAAUUUGUCUAAUUAUGAAUGUUAGCAUAUCUAUGGAUUUAUUUAGAGAUAUUUUCUGUAUUCUAAUAAAUUUGUUACGGUUAUAUGUGCAGCGCCAUUACAAAAUCAUUGCAUAGAUAUAACACAUAUAUUGAUUAUUUCUAUACACUUUCCCCCUCUUAUUUUCAUUAGCUUUGUUUAAAUUUAUUUCAUAGAUAUAACACAUAUAUUGAUUAUUUCUAUACACUUUCCUCCUCUUAUUUUCAUUAGCUUUGUUUAAAUUUAUUUCAUUGCAUAAUCGUAACAAAUGCAGUAUGAUGAACCAUCUUGGUUGUUUUACAUACAUCUUGGUUGUUUUACAUACAAAUUUGAGAGAAAUUGUUCUCAUUAGCCUUUAUUUAAUAUUUCCAUUUUGGUUACUAUUUCCUGUGAUUUUUUAAAAAUGCAUUUAUAUCUAAGUUUAUUG